CUUCUUUCCUUCCAUCCUUCUUUCCUUCCUUCCUUCCUUCCUUGCUUCCCACCUCCUCCUCGUACCCCUUCCAACGUUGCUCUGCCGCGAACCCGCGGUCUCGCCGUGUACCUUUCGACGCCUCGCUUGCUAUCUCUGCAUCGGCCUCUCGCUCCAUAUCUGCACCAGCUUAAACGCCGCCACCGUUAGUGGUGCUCGUCAAUGCGAAAGGCCGGCCAGCUCGUUCUCUAAUCUGCCUCUUUUCUCCUUCUGUGAGCGAGAGUUUCUUCUCGGAGCAGGUUUGUAGAAGUUCAUCAACUCCAUGCUGCGCCUCCAGUUGCCGGCAGCGCAGUGACGGCAGUGACCGGUGAUGGGACACGAGCACAAACGUCGGCUGAAACACAGUCACAACCUCUGGCUGAUACAGAGUCCCAAUCUGAAAAUGGAACAGAAUUGCAACCACCUCCAAAUGGCACCAAUGCCCAAUUGCAAGUAGUCGACGGAAGGAAAUCGCAAUUUCUCAGACGUGGAUCAUCUUUCAAUAUUGCGGUAGGAACACCGUCUCAACUCGGGGUUCCAUCGGAAACCAAGGCUCACGAACUUUUGAAAGGUAACGAACGAGAGGAUCCAUACGCUGAUAUCACAUUUCUUGACUACGGUCUUUAUUCAGGAGCGAAGCGCUGGUCAGGGGGCCAUUCUCAGAACAAGGGAUGCUGUCCAUGCAUACCUGAGCGAUUUAAGUCGCAGAUUCGUAGAGGAUUUUCUCUGUGUUUUAAUUGUGCAGCUGGAUCGUCUUUGUGUUUGUCGAACUGCUUCGCUAAGUUCUCUUUCUGCCUCAAGGACUGUGCACGUACGGUAGAAGCAAUGGCAACGACAGCUGUGGACGUGAAAGAGCUUCCCAACUCCUACGUCUUUGUUGCAGACAUGCCUGGGCUGAAGCAUUCAGAAAUCAAGGUACAAGUGGAGAAUGACAGCGUGCUGAAGAUCAGCGGAGAGAAAAAGCGCGACGACUUUGCGUCGGAUACCGAGAUCAAGUACGUUCGAGUGGAGCGGAGUGCUGGCAAAUUCAUGCGCAAAUUCAACUUACCGGCAAACGCCAACUUGGAUGGCAUCUCAGCGGCUUGUCAAGAUGGUCUUCUAACUGUGAUUGUACCCAAAAAUCCACCCCCUGAUCCUCACCGUCCUCGCACCUUCGACGUCAAUGUUGGCUCCUCGACAGUUCCUCCUCCAUAGUUCCCUGCAAUCAUGAUAAAAUGUGCCUUUUCUGGCCUCGACAAAACCGGAGAUUUUUGCCAUCUACUGCCUCCAUUGACACGACGCCUCUCAUGAUUUACAUGCUAAUGAAGCUCUCCAUGUGUUGAGUUGGAACAUCCUUUAGACAGAUGGAUCCACCUUCGUACUAUUGUCUCCCGUCUAGGCUGUAACCAAUUUUCAUUAUGUCUGGAAUUCUAAGUAGGGGACGAAUGACCUAGCUACACAUCGAGGAUAUAGGAUGCUGAUGCUUUGCUCCUAUCUUCUCAUCGUCACUACUGCCUUGUCCAUUCAACUCACUCACCACUCCGCCAUAAUUUAGAUUGACCCGUAAGGGGAAUGUAGUAUUAUUACCUUCUGUUCAAAUUGACCAAACCUUGCAGAGAGAGCUUGCCUAGACUUCGGUCACAUAUCUGAGUCUUUCAAGACUGCUCAAGAGAUCAAAAACUAGAUGUUCAAGCAUUCGAUUUAUGUAAACCGUCAUCAUUCCUGACGAAGGUCGAGUGAGCAACGACCUGCUGUUCCUGCAAGCUGCAACUGUUGUCUGCUCCCCAGGCCGGUUCAGGUAUUAGAGGCACGACAUGUUAAUUAUUUCCGGACCUGCAAAUGUAGAGACUGGGUUGUUAUCCUAUAUCACUGGGCAAGAACUGCAAAUGGGGAGUUAGAUUGACGCUUGUAGUUUCUACCUGAUCAAUCCAAUUACAGAGUACCAAGAAAUCUACAACUUAUAAUUUGACAAGCGUAGCACCAGCAGCACUGAAUUAUCUUGAUCUACGCGAACUCCAAAAUGUGAGAUUCACGUCAACAGCAGCCUCCAACUUUCUCUGUGUUUACUGGAACAGUCCAUUCAUUACACAUAUAUCUUGCAGUUCGACAGCCAACCCACUUGUCUUCCAAAAAAACAGAGCCUGCUGAAAAUGACAAUUACUAAAUCGAAAUUUACAAAGGAUACGCCUAAUUUAUGUGCAGGUAAUCAAAGUUUAACCGAAGUUACGUCCAAGGCGUUGGAGUGUUGCUUAUAGAAGACUAUCCCUCGUGUGCUGAUGCUAAAUGGAACAAGAAAGCACAAAUUGAUAGCUGUAGCACAAUGAAUAUGAAUAUUUUGGUUUAUCUAUUUUACAUCAAAUAUAUUUGAACUAAUCAUAGACAGUUUGAAGGGAUCUGCAUGAAUAUUUGGAGUAUCAAAGAUUGGAAUUUUACACCUUGAUGGCAAAAAAGAGAACAAUUUAUUUUAAAUAAUUUACAUGAACAAAGUCCGAACUAUCUACUAGCAGGUUGAAGGAAUCUUAAUCAAUUUUUGGAAUAUCAAGCAUU